AUGGCUUUAAGAACUUGCUUCUUCUUUUUCAUGAUAUUAUGUUAUUGUAACAUUAUAAUAACUAGCCAAGCCAAUAAUAAUAUUCCAAAAUUCACAUCCAUUUUAGUAUUUGGUGAUUCAUCAGUUGACACUGGAAAUAACAACCAUAUUGACACUAUAGCUAAAGGCAAUCACUUACCAUAUGGUCAAGAUUUCACAAACCAUAUCCCAACAGGAAGAUUUUCUAAUGGAAAAUUAGUGCCAGACAUGUUGUCAAUUUCAUUAGGUCUCAAAAAAAAUGGUGUUCCUCCCUAUUUACAACGCGAUUUGUCGAAAAACGACUUGAUUACUGGAGUAUGUUUUGCAUCUGGUGGAACAGGAUAUGAUGAAUUAACUAGUACAAUAUCUGGAGUAAUUUCUAUGAAGGAAGAGUUAGAAUAUUUCAAGGAAUAUUUGAGUAAAAUUAAAGAUAUUGUUGGAGGAAAUAGUAGUGAAGUUGAAAGAAUAGUGAAUGGUGCUUUGGUUAUUGUUAGUGCUGGUACUAAUGAUUUGAUAUUUAAUUUUUAUGAUUUACCUAAUAGAAGACUUCAAUUCAGCUUGAGUGGCUACCAAGAUUUUCUACUUGACAAAGUCCAAAGUUUUAUCAAGGAAUUAUACUAUCUUGGAUGUCGUAAUAUUAUAGUAAAUGGAUUGCCACCAAUUGGUUGUCUUCCAAUGCAAAUUACAGCAAAAUCUCCAUUUUUUAGAAGUUGCAUAAAUGAUGAGAAUUUGGAUGCUCAGAUUUAUAAUGAAAAGCUUCAGGAUUUGUUAAUUCAAUUACAAUCACAUCUUCCUGGAAGCAAAAUAUUAUAUGUAGACACAUAUAAUUUUAUAUCAGGCCUUAUCCACAAUCCUCAACUACAUGGAUUUGAGGAAACAAAGGUAGGGUGUUGUGGAAGUGGAUUAAUCGAAGCAGGACCUUUUUGCACCGAACUAUCUUCAGUAUGUCCAAAUCCUUCACAAUACAUAUUCUUUGAUAGCAUUCAUCCAACUGAAUCUACUUACUACAAGGCUACUCAAUACUUGAUCAAGCAACUCCUCCCUAAAUUUGGAGAAAAUUAG